AUGGAGUCCAACAACUUACUGCAUUCAACCUUCCAAACUCUAGUCGAGACAAAGCACGCCCACGGAAUUCUCUAUCAUAUCUUGGGUCUCGGCGAAUUGAGCAGACGCAUCUCGGCCAUUGCCGCUCAACACUAUAAUCGUGACUCUCCCCAGGCGCCCGCGUUCUUCCACGCCUUCGUUCAAUCGUAUUACCUUGAAGGUGAUCACAAGCCACGCAUACCUCUCGUACACAACGCCAUUGCCUUCUAUGCGCAAUCGACUGCUCCUCAAGCGUCUUCUCAAGUCGCGCACACGUACUCGUCGGAUAGCGGUCAGCGAUGGCACAUCAUUGACGUAGAGACAAACGACCUGUCACUUAUCGUACCGCUGCGUGUUUACGUCCCUUAUCGCUCGUGUGCGCCUGGCCGUUCUGCCUUGGUUCUCGACAACAUCCGACCUCUCCCUUUCUGGAUCGUUAGAAGCGGCGGUUUGGGCGUGCCUUUGGCGUCUAACGAUCUUGUCUCGCUUCGCAAUCAAGACUGGCGGUUUACAAACAUCGACGGAAGGAUGCGGUCCACGGUCAUGGUUAAGAUAGAGUGGCCGGGUUACCCGCGCUGGCAAUCGCAGAUCAGGAUGAGACUCAACAACUUAUCCGGGGAGUCCUACACCUUCAAGCGUCUUGUAAGACAGGUUCUGGCCAAGAUCCGCAAGUUCAUAGCGGAGCACAUGAACGUUGUAAGCGAAGAGCCACACUGGGCAGUCGGAGAGGCUGGCGGUGGCCGAAUCACGGCUCACGAUCUCGUCCUACUCGGCAUCAUCGAAGUAUCCCGAGGUGCAGUGAUGCCGAUCCUGAAACUUCGCGAUGAUUUCGUUUUCGCAGACUCGAUCCCGACGCCGGCAGCGCCGAUUACGACGACGAUGGUCCCACCCUUCGAUCCUCAAGGUGCCUUCAACAACCCAAUUCCCGCAUUCCCUUCCGGAGCGGACGUGCCCGAUAUAGAUGGGCUCGACCAGCUUGCCUACGCAGACCUAUUCGGCGACGUCAGUCUUGAUAGUGAGAUGCAAGCGCUCCUCGACCAUUACUUCCCAUUGCCAGACGCUGGCCUGGCCACGAACGCGAGCUUUGAGGGGUAUUGA